AUGGCCUUAUCUAAUAAAAGAAAGAAAAUCUAAUAUAAUGACUUCCAAUGAUCUACUCAAAGAAAAUUAAGGAAACGAAUUUAUUGUAUGAUAUUUAUAUAUAUUGAUUUAAGUCUUAAAAUAUCGUUAAGAAAUAGAAAAACAAAGGACAAACAAAAUCUACCCGAAAAAAAAUGAUGUUUUCCUUAAAAUAUUUGAUAUUAGAAUAGCAAUUCAUUCUGAAAUUAACUUAAUUUAACAGUAAAUUAAUUUGGUUGGACCAACUCAAACUAAAGUUAUUGAAUUCUAUUCAUAUUUAUACCAUUUUUUCUCUCCCAUUAAAUUUCAUGGAUUUGUUUUUUUUCUCAAUUUUAAUUCUUUUUUAAUAAAGGUUCUGA